AGGUAGACGAUUUAUCGAGAAAUCCGUUACAAUAGUUUUACAAGUGUCAUUGUAUAUCUGAUAUGAGUAACCUCCGCCUUGCAGAGUAUUGACCCCGACUCAAGAUUGCGAUAUUUGUUACAGGUUUAGUAUAGUAGAUUAAGGGUUCGCGAUCCAUAUCAGGAAAUAUUUAAAUAUUUUGAAAACCGGAGCGCGGAUCGUGAAUGGCACAUGCAGUUUUUAUUAAACAUUUAUUUACAUAUAUAUUUGUAUAUAUUUUUAAUUUUAGUAAUUUCAAAGAUCUAGUGCAUUUUUCACAAUGGAUCAUCUCAUUUUUUUUCCAAUGUUGUCCUUGAAUUGUUUUUUUAAACCAAACAUGCUUUUCUUCGGGUUUCUUAUGAUUAUUUGUUGAAAUUAUUAAUAAAGCAAAAUAUUUUAUUUUUUGUAUUCUUUAAUAACACGUUAUGUUACAAUUAAAUACUGGUGUGAUAUCCCUUCUCAUUAGGGAUCACGAUUCAAAUAUCACAAUAAAUAUUGAAAGUGUUCUAGGUGCCUAUGGAGAAAGUAGUUAUGUGACAAUUAUUGUAUCGUGUAAUCUGGUAACACGAUCAUUAUAUAAAUUUGAAAGCGCGGGAAGUUGGCAUAUGUUUUACAGAACGUUAAUGUUAUAUUAAUUCGUUAAACUAAUUUUUUCGAUUCAUAGCACUAAUUAUGGCGGAGGCAGAGCAUUAUAUUAGGGAAAUACAACGAGAAUAUGUAGAUUUUUUAGAUGACGAAGAGGACCAAGGAAUUUAUUCCGGGCUUAUUAAAGAUAUGAUUGCUGAAAAGGGACGGCGUCUAAUAGUUAACAUAAGUGAUCUGAAGCGCAAAAAUCCUCAACGAGUUCAAGGGCUUUUAUCAAAUGCAUGUGAUGAGCAAUUAGCAUUUGGAAGAGCUCUAAAGGAAUAUGUUGCAUCGGUGGAUCCUACCUAUGCAAAACAACAUGAAGAUUUUUUUGUUGGGUUUGAAGGCUGUUUUGGAAAUCGUCAUGUUACUCCACGUUCUUUGACUUCAAUCUAUUUGGGGAAUUUAGUUUGUGUGGAAGGUAUUGUUACAAAGGUUUCUUUAAUACAUCCAAAAGUGGUCCGCAGUAUUCACUACUGUCCUGCAACGAAAAAAGUUAUGGAAAGGAAAUAUACAGAUUUGACUUCAUUUGAAGCAAUUCCUUCUAGCGCUGUCUAUCCCACAAAAGAUGAUGAGGGAAAUUUUUUAGAAACUGAGUUUGGGCUUUCAAUAUAUAAAGAUCAUCAAACUGUUACGAUACAAGAAAUGCCUGAAAAAGCACCAGCAGGUCAGUUGCCUCGAUCUGUUGAUAUUAUAUGUGAUGAUGAUAUGGUUGAUCGAUGCAAACCCGGCGAUCGUGUUCAAAUAGUAGGAAGUUAUCGCUGUCUACCAGGAAAGUUUGGAGGAUAUACCUCUGGCACAUUCCGUACUGUGUUAUUAGCCAACAAUAUUUCUCUAUUAAGCAAAGAUAGUAAUAUGCUUAUUUGCCGUGAAGAUAUUAUCUUAUGUAAAAAACUGGCCAAAAAUAAUGAUAUUUUUGAUUUGUUGGCUAAGAGUUUGGCUCCUUCUAUUCAUGGACAUUCUUUCGUAAAGAGAGCAAUUUUAUGUCUCUUAUUAGGAGGAGUAGAAAAGGUUUUACCAAAUGGUACUCGGUUGCGGGGUGACAUCAAUGUCCUUCUUAUUGGAGAUCCAAGUGUGGCGAAAUCCCAAUUAUUAAGGUAUGUAUUAAAUACAGCGCCAAGAGCAAUACCAACCACUGGUCGAGGCUCAAGUGGAGUAGGCUUAACGGCUGCUGUAACGACUGAUCAAGAAACUGGUGAGCGUCGAUUAGAAGCAGGCGCUAUGGUUUUGGCCGAUAGGGGUGUUGUUUGUAUUGACGAAUUUGACAAAAUGAGUGACAUCGAUCGUACCGCAAUUCACGAAGUCAUGGAACAAGGUCGUGUCACAAUUUCAAAAGCGGGAAUACAUGCGUCUUUAAAUGCACGUUGUUCGGUAUUAGCGGCCGCAAAUCCAGUCUAUGGAAGGUAUGAUCAGUAUAAAACUCCAAUGGAAAAUAUUGGCCUCCAAGAUUCGCUGCUUUCUCGUUUUGAUUUACUAUUCGUGAUGUUGGAUGUAAUUGAUAGCGAUAUUGACCAAAUGAUUUCGGAUCAUGUUGUGCGUAUGCACCGUUACCGUAACCCAAAGGAAACAGAUGGUGAACCUCUUUCUAUGGGUAGCUCAUAUGCAGAUUCCUUAGCAUUCACUGCAAAUUCUGAUGAGAAAAAAGAAAUAGAAAUAUUUGAAAAAUAUGAUCCAUUGCUACAUGGUAAGUCAAGAAAGCGACAAGAAAAAAUUUUAUCUGUCGAAUUUAUGCGUAAAUAUAUUCAUAUUGCAAAAUGCAUGAAGCCAAAAUUAAGCGAACAAGCUUGUGAAGCUAUUGCAACGGAGUACUCAUCCUUGCGCUCCCAAGAAAAUAUACAAUCCGAUGUUGCUCGUACUCAACCAGUAACAGCUCGAACAUUAGAAACUCUUAUACGACUUGCCACAGCACAUGCCCGUGCUAGAUUGUCCAAAACCGUAACGGCCGAUGACGCACAGAGUGCUAUAGAAUUGGUGCAGUUUGCAUAUUUUAAGAAAGUUUUAGAAAAAGAAAAAGGUAACAAACGACGACGUGGGGAUGCUUCAACUGAUGAAGAUGAAAUUAAAGAAAACCCGAAAUCCCUAACCAGGAAAAGUAAACGGACUCGCACAGAAACAUUACAAACGGAGUCGGAAAGUAAUGCAUAUGAUACUGAUGAAGAAAUUGAAGCGCCUCCACGAGACGCAGGUGAUUUAACUCGGCGUGAAACAAUUAAGUCGAUUUCAGGUCCAAAGUCGAUUACAGCUGUUGGAGUGGCCAAUCAAAGGCACGAAGAAAGUACAUCCCAUACAAGUGUAGAUAUAUCUCCUACCAUAUCAGAUACUAGAUUGAGCGUCUUCAAACAUAGUUUGCAACGAUUGUUCCGAGAGGCUCGGGAACAGAGUUUAUCUCUGGAACGAAUUACAAACGCUAUCAAUGAAAAUAAUUCGAAACAAUUCUCAAGUUCUGAAAUUGAAGCUGCCAUGAAUCAAAUGACUGAAGACAAUCAAGUAAUGGUUGCUGAUGGUAUCGUUUUCUUAAUAUAAUUUUCCUUACAUUCAUUCGAAGUUUUGUCAGUUUAUAUAUUUUACUCUAGUUUUCAAAAUGGCUGACUUUCCUUUGUAAUGUUCAAGGUUUUGUGAGUUAUUUUUCCAAUAUUUUGUUUUACGAUAAUGCUUUUGUUGGGUAGAUUAGACAUGACAUGAUUAGAUAACUAGAUUUGAAAAUAUAAUUUUUUGUCAUUGAAAAUAAACUUUUAUUAUUAAAAAUUUA